AUGUCUGCCUCAGAUGCUAAUACUACGAUUCUUUUGACUGAGUGUGGCUCUAUGAUAUUGAAUAACGAUAAUGAUAAUAAUCAAACGGAGGAGAGCAGUUCUGAUAUGAGGGGGGAGGUGGAGGUGGACAUAGCAAAAUUGGAUACCAUGCUAGAAAGUAGUAUACCUAUGGCCACUUUUGUCAAAGCGAAAUAA